UUUUUUGUAAUGUUUGUUUUGUGUGGUGACUGCCGCCUUUAAACAGCAUUAUUACUGUUGCUCGUACCUUCGCUUCCAGAGCACGCAACAGAACCAGGACACUCAGCUACACAGAGAUCAGCAUGACAGGAUUAGGACCAGGAAGCAAAGUCAGAAAUGCAUCCGAGAUCAAGAUGCGAUUGGAGGAGGAGAUCUGCUCCUUGAUAUCCGAGGUCCAAGACUUCAACUUGUCAACGAUCGAGCGGAUAGAGCUUCCUACAGCUUUGGAAUUUCAUCGUUACGUUGCAGCCAACAGACCCGUCGUCAUCUCCCUCCCUGCCUCCUGCACGACCAUCCACGAACCCUCGUCCAGCCGCGCGGCACCAACAUCACAAGAGAAGCAAUGGGCCUGGCCAGCAUUCACAAAGUGGACCAACGAGUAUCUUUCCGACACAUUGGGCAACAAAGAAAUUACAGUAGCGUGCACACCCAACGGUUGGGCAGACGCGGUUGUCGAUGACAAGUACUUUGCGAUGCCCUGUGAGAAGAAGAUGACGUUUGAAAAAUUCUUGGAAGGGAUGCCCAUUCGGACACCAAAGAAGAGGGACGCUCAGUCUCAGGAUUCAUAUGAGGAUCUGGAGGCUCGCACUAGGUAUCUUGAGCUGGAGUCCAGGGAUCUCAACGGCGUGACAGAGACGACUGAUCCGUAUCAGGAAGUUCGCUACAUUCAAUUACAGAACGGAAACUUAAUGACAGAGUAUGAGGAGCUGUUGGAGGAUGUUCCCUCGGAGAUUCAGUUUGCGAGCGAGGCACUUGGCAAGAAACCAGAUGCUGUGAACUUUUGGUACGGCGACGAGCGGAGUACCACCUCCCUGCAUAAAGACCAUUAUGAAAACAUUUAUGGUGUUAUCACAGGAAGAAAGAUCUUUACAUUAAUCCCACCAACAGAGCAAUAUUGUCUACAUGAAAACCAUUAUAUCGCUGCGACCUAUGUCGACACUCAGGACUCAUCUUCAUCACCUUCGCAGCCAAGCUCACCAUCUUCACCACGGUAUAAACUAGAGCCCAUGGAACCUCUCACUUAUACGAAAUGGAUCGGACUGAACCCAUCGCAUGAGCCCAAGGAAGAGCUGUAUGAAAAAUUUCCACGCUUCCAUAUGUGCCAGCCCUUCCGUGUAGAGCUGAACCCAGGAGAGUUGCUCUACCUGCCAGCAAUGUGGUAUCACCAAGUGGAGCAGGAGCCUGACCACGAGGGCAAGUGCAUUGCGGUCAACUGGUGGUAUGAUAUGGGCUUUGAAGGCGAUCGCUUUGCGACAGCAACAUUCAUGUCGAACUUGGUUCAGCUCAUCGAUCAGAUAGAUGUCUCUUCUGAGUGAACGGCGCCAAUAAAGAUAUCGCAUUUC